AUGGUAGCCGCCCCCCUGGGCGCGGGCAGCCGCCGGCGCUGGCCCCCGCUGGGCGCGCUGGGCGCCGCGGCCGCGUGCUGCCGCGGCGCCUCGGCCGCGGCCCUCGCCGCCAAGGAGAGCCGAGCAGAGACGCGCAUCAUCAAUGGCACCGUCGUGAAAAACGCGUCCGAGAAGUACUCGUUCUUUGCCCUGCCUACUAGUGGGCCCGACUCCAAUAGCUGGUUGGGCUGCGGGGCCUCGAUCAUCUCCCCGACGUUCGGGCUCACCUCCGCGCACUGCUUCGGCGGGGGCCUCCGGCCAUGCGAGGGGCCGAGGAGCUUGGCGCUGUGGCUCGGGGAGGUCGAGCUCCGGCCGGACCGCUCCAUCGUGCCGGUGCCCGGCGCCAGGAGCUUCCGCGUGGUGGCCGACGUGAUGUGCAGCUCGGACUUCGACGGCAAGUGCUCCCACGGGCACGACAUCGCUCUCCUGAAGCUGAGGUUGGAGCACGGGGGGCUGCCCGCGUGGGUCAAGCCGGUUCCCGUUGAUACCGGCGCUGGCGGCGGCGUGGCCCUCCUGGGGUCCUCCGUCAAGACGAUUGGUUUCGGGCUCAUGGAGUCCGAGGACGACCCCGCGAGCAUCGGGGACAUGUCGGCUUCCCUGCGGGAGGUCGCCGUCGACGUGCUCCCGCAGGAUGCCCCGCAGUGCGCCCGCGUGUUCUCUGGCGGCUGGGGCUGCUCCGAUCAGUAUUCGGAGGGCGCAGCCAUCAACCUGGACCAGCAGCUCUGCGCCGGCGCGGCGGAUUUCAGCCGCCCUCGGGAUACCUGCGCCGGCGACAGUGGUUCCCCCAUGAUCGAUGCCACGGGCCAUCAGGUCGGCAUCGUCAGCUACGGCGGAGGCCCCGGCGAGGUGAUGAGCGGCCCUGGCCGCCAGUGCGGCGACCCCAGCUAUCCAGGCGUCUACGCACGGGUAUCUGCGUUCGCGGGCUUCCUCCAGGACCACGUGCUGGACCUGCCCGGGGCCGCCGCGCGAGUGGACGCCGUGUCGUUCGCUGCCGCCGCCGCGGAGGAUCCGCCCCUUCAGAGGCUGCUCCGGGGCUCCUGA